GGACAUCUUUUACCGCCAUCUUGCGUCGCUUCUGUCAAAUGCGGUCAUUUUUCGUAAAGUAAUUUUGUCUCGGCGUUUUGCAUGAAGCAAACAUUGAAAAACUUGCAAGUUAUACGAUAGUAUUCGUAAUUUUAUUGGCAACUUCAUGAAAAUGUACAAGUUAAUAAUGUGGCGGAAAAUUUAAGUGAAAAUAACAAAAUCGAGUCUAAAAAAAUGCCUACUCCAAGUUGGGCGUACGUGACAAUAGAAAUGUCGUAGACGUCGAUCGAUUGCAAAUGUGAAAAAAGAUUAAAUGUAAAUAUAUUCGAACUGCAGGAGAAAGUUUACCCCAUAACUGUAAUGUUUUGAUUUGUGUGGGAACAAUAACAAGGAUCUACAAUGUCUGAUAUGAAGCAAGUGAAAGUUGAUAAUUGGGGAGUAUAUUUCCUUCAACGAUUGAAGCAUUUCUUCAACCGGACUGAUUAUUGUGACUUAACACUGCAGUUCCAAGACAAUGCUCAACUAAAGGUACAUAGACUAGUACUUAAUGCUUGCACUGAAUAUUUCGAACUGCUUGAAAGAACUUGCGAGAUGUACGAGGAUUGUUUGGUUAUGCCGGAUGACUUGCAAGCAGACGUCGUUGUACCUAUAGUCAACUUCAUGUACACCGGCCAGCUCGGUUUCAAGCCAGAAUUGUUGGAAAGACUAUAUCAAACUGCACAGGUAAUGAAUAUGCCUGUCCUAACUAAACUAUUAGAUGCUCACAGAAAUCAAAUGCAACGAACAGGUCAAGAUUAUCAGAAUUUAAGAUCAUAUUCUAAAUCAUUUGAGGCUCCUAAACAAUCAAAAUCACCAGCAGUGGCCUCAACUAGUUAUAUGAGCACAAAGCGUUCAUACAGUAAAGCAUUUGAUAAUACAUUUCCUACAAAAGUUAAGAAACAAACUGUUGAAAAGAAUUCCCUCAAGUCUGAUAACUUGUCAAAUGAACUUACACAAUCUAUAGAUUCUGUAAAGAAAAGGCCUUCAACUUUUGAGUCUCGACCAACAAGGUAUGAAAUACCAGAAGAAUUAGAUGGUGAUAAUAUAUUUGACAACUCAUUUACAAGUAUAUCUUAUGAGUCAACACCAUUGAUGGUGCAUCCUGAGACUGUGAAACGUUACUCAUCUAAAAAAACUAACAUCUUUGAUGAGACUUCUAGUGCUAAAAGAUUGCUCCAUGCCACAUCUACGUUAGACAUUGUAGAAUGUAAAAAACUUUCAUCAAAUGAAAACAUUUUUGAUGAUGUCUCCGAAAAUAUUACAGAUGAUGCAUUCUCAUCCAGUAUUCAUAAAAAACAACAAAAGGACUCAAGUCAACUUUUUGAUCUAAUUUUGGAUAAUGAUAAUACAAAAGCAACAAUAGAAAUAAAAGACAGUGAUACAACUAAGAAGCCAAAAAUGGAUCAUGCAAAAAUAAUAAGUGAUGUUCUCAAGAAAUAUCCACAUUUGGUUAAGAGUAAUAAAAAUAUUAAGUUAAGAGUAUUGGAUGCUCCUAUUAAAAGUAAAAAAUCCAAAUAUACAAAUUCUUACCAAGAAGAAAAAGAUAUAAAAACAAAAAGUGACCAUGAUUGGACACUUGACAUUGAUGUGCUUGAUUCAAAAGGUGCUGCAAAGCUAAUCGCGAUGGGAGUUAACAAUAUCAGUGGACCAUGGAUAUGUCUCAUCUGUGGUACACCUGGACGGGCCUUGCAUUUCAGCUCCUAUUAUAAAUUCCGAAGACAUUUAGUAGAAGUACACAAUGAAAAACCAGUGGUGAAUAUGUGUGAAUAUUGUGGAUUGAAGUCACAUAAAAGAAAUUACCUUUUGCAUCAUGUAUACACCAAGCAUGGAGUGCCCCCGCCCUCACCUUACAGUUUCCCAAAAUGUAACCAAUGCAGUUACAUUGCUUUAUCUGAAUCACUACUUGCAAAGCACAAAUCAACACAACAUGAUGAUAGCAAAAACUUUACUUGUAAUGUUUGUGCUGCCACAUUCACUUCUUCAACGCGGCUGCUUACACAUAUUCAAAUGACAGGACACAAGUACAGUGCCGAUAGAAAGUCUACAUUGCAUUGUAUUUACUGUUUUAAAACAUUCUCACGGGAAACAAAUCUCUACAACCAUUUAAGAUUCAAUCAUAAAAAAUCUGCACAAAUGGAUAAAAUUAUUGAGGAAUCUGAUGAUGAAAAAGAGUUCAAAACGGCAGCAAGUGGAAAGUCUGAUAAAACUAAAAAUAUAUCUCUUACUUUUACAAAUGAAUAUGAAAAUAUAGAUGUCAAGUAUCAAAUUCAACAGAAACCAGAUGGUAAUAUUCAAGUGCUUUCAAAAUUACCACAGUCUCCUGGUUCAUCAAAACAUAAGAUAUUAAAUCCUUCCUUUAAUUCACCCACUAAAUUUGCACAAAAAUCCGAAAUAUUAAUAAGCAACAAAAAUAAACCAGAGGUUUGUGAAUUGAAACCUUCAAAAAUCAUUAAUAAAGAAGAUGAAAUUGUUGUGAUUAAUGGAAAUGAAUAUAUUAUUAAGGAGAAUCAUCUUAUUCCAAGAUCACAAAAUGCCUCUGAAAAUGAAGAAUACAUAUUAAGCAAUGUAGAUACAGAACAAAGUGAAAACAAUUCUAUACCAACCACAUCAAUGGACUUCCCUCUGAUUCAUGACACCAAUACUGAAGAAUCUAAAAUGAUAAUUAAGAAACCAAAUUAUGCAAAUGAACCAAUAGAAAUUGUUGUUUCAAGUGAGGAACAAUACAAAGCCUUGAUGUCUUCGACUCAUUCUAUUAUUUUUGAGGAACCAAAUAAAACACUGACAGUUUUAACUGCCCCUCAAACUUCCACACUUGAUGCGACUACUAUUGAUCUAGAUAAUACUCAAUCAAACGAUAUGAUGAUAAUUCAAGAAAAUUAUCCAUUAAAUGUAUCUGAAACUGUUUCUCCAGAUAAUAAUAAUAUUGUUGUGGUAUACAGCCACCAAAUGGAGGAUCCAAGUAAACAAUUCCAAUAUAUACCAUCUCAAGCUAUUGAAGCACAAUUCAUACAAUCAUCACCGAUGGUGUCUCAUAACUAUGGAACAGUGACUACGUCCACCCCAAUUAUGAGUGUCCAUACAUUAGAGACUAGUGUAAAUGAGUCAUGGCAGAAAAGCCUUAAAGAUGGAGAAACUGUCCCAAUUCAGUUAGAGCUGCAACAACAGAUGGAUAUAAGUGAUUCAAAUGAACAGCAAUUGAUUGGAGACCCACAAAAUUCAUCAGAUGUCCAAAGUCCUCAAGAUAUUCCAUCCUCAGCAGACUCUUCAGUUGUUACAACAAACUUAAACACUAUCGAAGAAACCACUACCCAGACAUGCAUAGAAAAUACGAAUAAUACUGAAACAGUUUGUAUGGAGGAAGUAUUAAUAAAUGAAGUCCCAAGUAUAACAGCCACAAAUGUAGCUCCAACAGAGCCAAGUGAGCAACUGGUACAUAAAGAAAUACAAACUGAAAGUAUAGAUAUUGUAUGUUCAAACCAAUCAGAUGUACCAGAAAGUACUGUUAAAGUAAGUAACGGACAAUUAAAUGUAGUUGCAGAUAAAAGUAAUGAAAACAUAAUUGUUUUGCAAGAAAAGGUGGAAGAUAUUGAUAUAAAUAGUGAAGUUAAUACAACAGUUGCUCAAGGUGCAUCAGUUAUUCAACAAGUAAUUACUGAAGAUGCUGAAAUGAAUAGUGACUCCAAUAUAGUUGAGGUUUCAACAAACGACACAGAAAUCACGCAACCAAAAGAUAAAGAACUGCCUGAUCUCUCAGCCGAGUGGAUUGCAGUUGACAAAGAAAAGUUAAUAGCAGACACUGUUGACACUAAUGACACAGGAGGUUCUGCAUACAUAGAAGAAUCAAUUGAAAAUAUUCAACAAGAAAUGGCCAAACAAUUAGAAGCUAUUACAACCGAAAACAAUACAAUGCAAUACAAUGAACCACUGUCUACACCUAGCACAAAUGACCCAAAAUUACAACAUGAAUCAGUUAUAAAAGAACUAGAUACUGAAAAAGAUUCUUCGAAUUUAGAUUUAGAUGAUAGUGAAAUUGCUACAGAAGAAACAGACACAAAAGAGGUUUCACAAACCAAAGACGAAGAAAUCCCAGCUUCAUUAUCAACAUCCGUAGAAUCCGAAUCUGCUAUCAGUGAGGGAUCACCAAAUACUACAGAUAAUGCAGAAACUACUAGUGAAAACAUUCAAGACAAUGUAGUGAACGAAACUGAGCCUGUAAUUAAUACUGGAGAUGUAACUGACACCACAGAUGUCCUAUCACCUGAAAGCAAAGAGGUAGUGGUCAAUGACGACACAGAAGAUAAAAUUGAAGAAAAAGGUUCAGUAGAAGAAAAUCAUACAAAGCCACAAGAACGGUCAGUUAUCUCAUUAAAUAAUAAAGCAAGGGAAAAAAUAAACACAAUACUAAAUGAUUGGGAUGAUGUUGAUGAUCAAGAUGAUGAAAAAGAUGAUUUGAUGAAAGAAAAUGAAUCCAUUGUAGUGAAGAACAAUGAUGAUAUUGUGCAGGAAGUAGAAAAGGUAUCAGACAUCAAAACUGAGCAAGAAUCAACUGAAACAGUUAAAAUUGAAGUAAUCAGUAAUGACAAAAUAAAAAGCAUUGUCAGUGAUUGGGAUGACGAUGAAGAGGAAGAAGAAAGUAAAUGCAAAUAACAAAUGAAACUCUUUUAUGUGUAUGAAUAUUAUAAAUGUAAAACUUCAUUAUGGUAUUAACAGAUAGUGUUGUCCCAUUCCCUUUGAGUAGAAGAAAUACAGUAUUUUAUUAUAUUUGGAAUACAGAUCAGAAAUAACUUGGCAUGUUUUAUAUUAUAUGGAAGUUCUAACAUGUUUGUAAUCAAAACAGUUUUAUUAUCAUACAAUGUUUGUUGUUUUAGCUUAUAUUGCAUUAUGAUAUACAUUUUAUUAAAUAGAUUGAGUGAAAUUAAAUCUUAUAAAUGUUUAACAAUAAUUAAUUGUACAUCUAGACAUUGUAGUGUUUGCCGGAAUAGUAAUUUGGUGUUUGCAUUUAUUGGGAAAAAAUGUAAACAUUCGUUAGCUCCUUAAUCAUAUAAUUUUAAGAAAUUAGUUUACUAUAUGUAAAUGACUAAAAUGUAAUCUUUUCAGUCUUCAAUAUUUAUGAAACCAUGUCAAAAAUAGCUUUUGCUAUAUUUACUUAUUGUUCUCAACAAAAAAUUGCUAUAUUUAAGUACCAUUGUAAUCAAUUCUGUUUUUUUAAGCAUAAGAAUCUAAGUUAUAUGGAUAUAUUUAAAAAUAGAAUAGAGCUACAUAUUUCUAUUGUAUCACAAAAGUGGUUUAAAUCAAUUAUAUAGUA